AUGCGCGAACUGAGGCCCGGGCUGUAUGGCCCGCUGCCUACCUUUUUUGACGACGACCAGGAACUGGACCUUGCCAGUUACAGGGAACAUCUCGCUGGCUCCCUUGGAGAAGGUGCUCAUCUGGUGGGUUGGUUCCUUUUCUGCCGCCGUCCUGAUCUUUUGCGGCCCCAAAUAUUUAACUCGGCUGGUUAUAUACAUCAGGACCCAUCGGAGCGGCGGACUCUGAUUGAAGUCACUCGCCAGACUCUAGACGAUCUGAGCUUGACCUCGACUCCCAUCGUUGCCGGAGUCGGGGGCCUCAGCACUCGAGAAACAAUUCGGUUGUGUCGGGAUGCUGCAGCUGCCGGAGCGGACGCCGGGCUCGUGAUACUACCGGCCUACUACGCUGCAAGCUUGAAUUCGGACCAGGAACAGAUCGUCAAGUACUACGUCGACAUAUGUGAAGCUUCUCCGAUUCCGUUAUUCCUCUAUAACUUUCCGACAAACGCGGCAGGCCUAGAUAUGUCAUCUGAGGUCAUUGAGAAGAUCAUGAGAGCGGCGCCAAAUUUGUGCGGCGUCAAGUUAACAUGCGGCGGCAGUAUCGGCAAACUGGUGCGGUUGAAAGCAGCUCAGGAUGGCUUCCAAACCACCAUGCCCACUCGCCGUUUCCCUUUCCUUCUCCUCGAUGGCCUAAUCGGAGACCUUACCGCGUGGAAGGCGUGUGGCGGACACGGUACUGUGAGCGGAAUACCUAAUUUCGCUCCACGAGCCUCUGUAAGGCUGUGGGAGCUCCUCAACACCUCAUCACCGACGCAUGAGGAAGUGUCGGAGAGAGACAAAUUGCAGGCCGUGCUGUCGCGCGCGGACGCGAUUGCUGUCCACGCGGGCAUUCGGGCAAUGAAGUUUGUUUUGCACCAGGUCCACGGUUAUGGUAAGGCGCCACGUCGACCUCUUUUGCCGCUGAACGAGGACGAAGGACAGUUGUUUCUCGCCUCCUUGAGCGAACUGCUCGAGACGGAGCGCGAGUACCAGAAACGAGAGUGA